UGCUACGCCUAGCCUCCUCAAAAUCUUCAACAUAACCUCUAUAAUUUAUUUUAUAAUAGCUGUACUGAUCUGUCUUUGCUUUGGCGAAAGAAUACAUAAAAUAAAGUUAUAAGUGAGGCGGCGUUAUUCCUAGCCGGAAAUUCGAUAGAUCAGCUUGUUUUGCCUGAACUAGCAAAAUCAUGGCUUCAGAAAGAUACAGUUUUUCGUUGACAACAUUCAGUCCUUCAGGCAAGUUGGUGCAAAUUGAAUAUGCAUUGGCUGCUGUUGCGGCUGGAGCACCCUCUGUUGGAAUUAAAGCUUCAAAUGGAGUGGUUUUGGCAACCGAAAACAAGCACAAGUCCAUCCUUUAUGAAGAACAUAGUGUCAAUAAAGUCGAGAUGAUCACUGACCACAUUGGAAUGGUUUACAGUGGCAUGGGCCCUGACUACCGUCUGCUGGUGAAGAGCGCCCGUAAGAUGGCUCAGCAGUACUACACCGUCUACAACACUCCCAUCCCCACGGCCCAGCUGGUACAGAAGGUAGCCAUGGUGAUGCAGGAGUACACUCAGUCAGGUGGUGUGCGCCCCUUCGGAGUAUCACUACUGAUCUGUGGAUGGGACGAAGACAGGCCCUAUCUAUUCCAGUGUGACCCUUCCGGAGCCUACUUCGCAUGGAAGGCUACAGCCAUGGGCAAGAACUUCAUCAGUGCUAGGACCUUCCUUGAAAAAAGAUACAGUGAAGAUCUGGAGCUGGAUGAUGCUGUCCAUACUGCCAUCUUGACCUUAAAGGAGAGCUUUGAAGGUCAAAUGACAGCUGACAACAUUGAGGUUGGUGUUUGUGAUGCCAAUGGAUUCAGAAGAUUAGACCCCUCUUCUGUCAAAGACUACCUUGCCAACAUCCCUUAAGUUAUUUCUUUUUUGUCAUGUCUCUGGGAAACUUUUCAAUAUUUUUCAUUAUUAAAUUAAUUUCUGAUUAA